AUGUACUCUAAAAUUUUGUCGGUGCUAGCCCUAACAGCUUUAGCCCAAGCUGGAGUUUUGGACUACAGUCAUGGUCAUGGUCAUGCUACCUCAUAUGCUUCAUCCAAUCUUGGUGGAACAGAACAUGGACAUGGAUAUGCUGCUCCUGUUUUAAGUCAAGCCUAUGCCGCUCCAGUAGCUGCUACCCACGGAUAUGUUGCUCCUUCAUUAGCCCAUGGUCACUCCGCACACCAUGAUGUAGACUAUUAUGCCCACCCCAAAUACGAAUUCAACUACGGCGUUCAAGACGGCCAUACUGGAGACCACAAAACCCAACACGAAGUACGUGAUGGUGACGUAGUUAAAGGCUCCUACACCGUAGCCGAACCAGACGGUACUCUCCGUACUGUCCACUACACCGCUGAUGACCACAACGGUUUCAACGCUGUUGUAGAAAAAUCCGGACAUCCCGUUCACCCAGCUCCAGCUUAUGGACACGGAAAAGUGCUCUUAGCUGCUCCCGCUGCCCACCAUGCUCCAGCAUACCAUAUUUUGUCGGUGCUAGCCCUAACAGCUUUAGCCCAAGCUGGAGCUUUGGACUAUAGUCAUGGUCAUGCUACCUCAUAUGCUUCAUCAAAUCUUGGUGGACCAGAACAUGGACAUGGAUAUGCUGCUCCAUUGGCAGCCCAUGGACAUUCCGCACAUCAUGAUGUAGACUAUUAUGCUCACCCCAAAUACGAAUUCAACUACGGAGUUCAAGAUGGCCACACUGGAGACCACAAAACUCAACACGAAGUACGUGAUGGUGACGUAGUAAAAGGUUCCUACACCGUAGCUGAACCUGAUGGUACUCUUCGUACUGUACACUACACCGCUGACGACCACAAUGGUUUCAACGCUGUUGUAGAAAAAUCUGGACACCCUGUACAUCCAGCUCCAUCUUACGGACACGGAAAAGUGCUCUUAGCCGCUCCCUCUGCCCACCAUGCUCCAUCAUACCAUCAUUAAGACAUGAAUAAUUCUUGUUGAAUCUUGUUAUAUAUUUAUUGAUUUUUUGGUUAAACUAUUUUGUUAUAAUUUUUUUAUAAAAAUAAAUUGAACUGUGUCUACGAAAA